AAAGAUUAAAAAAAAAUUUAUUGUAUUUACAACAAAUCAAACAACUCCAAUCAUUAUCAACCAUUAACUAUCACUAGGAACUAUCAAUCAUCUGGUUCCAGCUCUGUACAUAUACAAAACUCAUCUCAUCUCGUCCAUCCAAUUUUCACUUGCUCAUCAAGUGACUGUAUCAUUAUAUCAUAACCCUGAUUCACUCCUCCCUUUUUCGGACUGUAACUAUAUACCAUAUUACCACAUAUAUAAUCCAUCAUGCCUCCUAAAGUAAAAGUAGAGUCUCCUGAUAAAUCAUCAUCGACUCCUUCCGAUCAAUCAAAUGAUAAUACCACCGAUAUAACUCCAGAUUCAUCGAAAUCAUCAUCAAUUACUACUACUAAAAAAUCUUCUUCAACUGGUAAAAAUCCUGAUAAACCAAAAGCUUUCACCAUCAAAUAUAAACGUCCAAGAGGUAGUAGAGCUUGUACCGUAUGUCGAUCUAGAAAAGUAAGAUGUGAUGCCGAAAUUCAUAUCCCUUGUACCAAUUGUAUCACCUUUGGGUGUGAUUGUAUCUUACCUGAAGCUAAAAAAAGAGGUAAUACUUCAAAUGAAUCAAAAAAUAAACGAAAACAAACUUCGGCUAUCACUAGUGAUUCCAAUAAUAAUAUAGACUCUGAUAAUGAUAUCAAAUCUGAUUUACUUUCUCAUCAAAAUAAUAAUAAUUCUUAUCAAAAUUCAAAUAAUUCUUCUUCAUCAUCAGCUACUGCAAAUAUAUCAACUCAUAUUGUAACUCCAACUAUAACUUCAACUACCACAUCUACUUUACCUAAUAAUAUCACUAAAUCAUUAUCUACGUCAAGUUCAGGUGAAUCUCGAAAUGGUGCUCCAUCAAAUUCUGCCAUAAAUGAACCAAUGUUAAAUAUAUCUCAAGUAAGUGUCCCACCAUCUUUAACUUCUUCUUAUAAAAAUAGACCUUCCAUGCAUAAAAAGGAAUUAUUAAAUUCAAAACAAAAGGCUUCCUUAACUUUCUUAGGUCAUUCAUCUAUUGCUGUUGUACCUCAAAAAUUAGGAGAUAAUCAUAUUCAAUUAACUGAAGAUAUCUUUGAAAGUAAUGAUGUUUCCCUUGAUUCAGUGGAAUUAGAAAUUUUAAAAUUAAGAGGAGCUUUCUUAUUACCUUCUCAUGAUUUAUCUCUGGAUUUAAUUAAUUCAUAUUUUGAACAUGUUCAUCCUUUAAUGCCAGUUAUCAAUCGAACGGAAUUCAUGAAGAAAUUUAAUGAUCCUAAUGAUAAUCCUUCUUUGAUGUUAUUACAAGCAGUAUUAUUAUGUGGAUGUAGAGUUACUAAAAAUCCCUUAUUAUUAGAUUCAAAAGGAUCAAAUAAUUUAGCCGCUUUGACUUUCUUUAGAAGAGCUAAAGCAUUAUAUGAAACAAAUUAUGAAAGUGAUCCAGUAUCAAUCAUUCAAACUUUAAUUUUAAUUGGAUCUUAUUGGGAAGGUCCUGAAGAUGUUACUAAGAAUUCCUUUUAUUGGACAAGAGUAGCAGUUGGUCUUGCUCAAGGAUUUGGAUUUCAAAGAGAUGUAAAUAAUUCCACUAAUUUAACUAAUAAUGAAAAGAAAAUAUGGAGAAGAAUUUGGUGGUGUUUAUUUGAAAAAGAUCGUAAUGUGGCUAUUGCCUUUGGUAGACCUUCUGUCAUUGAUCUUAAUGAUUGUGAUGUACCGAUGCUUACUAUUGAUGAUUUUAAUGAAGAUGAAGAAAUCGAAAUUAAUAAUGGUGAUUCCACUAAUGGUAAUACAAGUUCCAAUACCACUACUACCAAUUCAAGUCCUUCAAAUUCUAAUACAAAGAUUAUUCCAUCUCCUUAUCCCUUAGAUGAAACUCAAGCAUUAUAUUUCAUUCAUUUAGUUAAAUUGGCCGAAAUAACAGGUAUAAUCAUCAAACAUCAAUAUAGUGUUAAAUCAGAACAAUUAAAACGAAAAAAUAAAUUCUCUAUCAUUCAACAUUGUGAUAUGUUAAUGGGGAUUUGGUUUACUAAUUUACCUCCUCAAUUAGUAUUUUCCUUAACUGAUACAUCUACGCAAAACUUUUACAGUUGUUUAUUGAAUGCUCAAUAUUAUAAUCGAUUAUAUUUAAUUCAUAGAUCAAAUUUAAUUAGAAUGGCAAAAUCAUCAUCGGCCAAUCCAAAUAAUUAUAAAUAUCCAUCAUGGGGAAUUUCGUUCCAAGCCGCUAGGAUGAUUUCUCUCGUUUCGAAAAUCUUAUUAGAUCGUAAUCAAAUCAAAUAUUGUCCAGUGAUGUUUGUAUAUAUCUUAUUCAGUGCAUUGGUGAUGUUGAUUUAUCAUGUUGAUUCAGCCAAUACUGUUAUUUCAUCUACGGCUCUGGAUUCAUUAUUAGUAUCAAGAGCAGUGUUAAAAGAAUUAAGUAAUUAUUGGCCUAUUGCUAGAGUAUUGAUGAAAUUAUUUGAUAAAUAUGCUAAUGAUAAAAUCAAACGUGCUAAAGUGAUUGAAAAUGGUAAUAAAAUUGCUGAAUAUCAAGAAUUAAGUGCAUCACAAAAAGCAGCUCAAAAUCAAUAUUAUGAUAAUGGCAAUAAUAAUGGGAAUAAUACCAAUGCUCAAAGAUCUCCUAUUCGUCAAUUACAACAAGGUAAUGGUGCUGGUGGAUUAAAUACUAAGGUGUUUACUAAUUCACCAGGUAAUCAUUCGACUACUUCGGGAGUUUCACCAGGUGGUGGGAUUUAUAAUGAAUAUACAAGACAACAAAGAUCACCAAUCCAUCAUCAAAUCCAUCAACCCCAAUCUCAAUCUCAACCCUUAUUGAAUCCAACUGCUAAUCUUGAAGAAUUGGUGCAUCAAAUCAAACGUAAUAAACAAAAACAACAAAAGCAACAACAACAACUACAAUCAAGUGCUUCGAGUACUUCUAAGAAUACGGAUAAUUCUCCUGCAUCAUCGACUCAGUCUUUCCCUGAUGUCACUUUAGUUACUGAGAAUUUACCUACUAAUCAAAAUUUCUUUGAAAAUUUCGAUCCAACUCAAUUAUUCCCUGAUAUUAAAUAUAGUUAUCCACCUACUAGGGCCCAAUCACCAGGAGUUGAUAUGGAUAUUGGUCCUCAACAAUCCCAACAGAAUCAUCAACAACAACAUCAUCAUCAACAACAACAAAUGGGUAGUAAUGUCUAUUCAUCCAAUUCCAACUUGAAUCAUAUUGAUGAUUCCAACUUUGCUGUACCUGAUGCGGUUCAUAAUGAAGAACAAUAUCCACCUACUACACCGGGAGGAACAUUUAAUACUAAUUUCAUUGAUAGUUCAUUCAUUAAUAUGAAUUUACAAUCUGGAAUUGAGAAUAAUUAUCUUGGUGAUGAUUUGAGUUCAUUGUUUAAUUUACAUUAAGUAAGUAUAUUAAUAAACGUUAUUUAUGUUCUUCUUUUAUAAAAUCUAAA